AUGACACUCAGAGGAGGAAAGGAGUUACCCGAAGUUGUCAAAGAAAAAAACCAAGAAAAGUUGGAGAUCAACGAGCAAGUCGGAAUAGGAUCAGCAGAUGAGGAAGAAUUUGCUCAAGAGAAGAAGGCGAAGCGAAAGGCGGCAGGGAAGGGAAAAGAGAAAUCAAGCCAGACUGAGCCCAUAAUCCCCUUCCCAGGCAGAAUGGCCAAGGAACAAGAGAAGGAAGAAUUAACCGAACUAGUUAAAAUCUUCAAAAAGGUGGAGGUCAACAUGCCCCUUUUGGUCGCACUACGCUCUAUGCCCAGAUGCGCGAAAUUCCUCAAGGAACUUUGCACUCGGAAGGUCAAAUACACUGAUGAUGCGAAAUUUCAAGUUGGCGAGUCCGUAUCCGCGGUCUUACAACGAGAUAUGCCCAUAAAAUAUGGGGAUCCUGGAAUGUUCUACAUUCCAUGUGUAAUAGGAACAAUGAAGGUGGAGAAGGCAAUGCUCGACUUAGGGGCAUCCAUCAAUGUUAUGCCCUUAUCGAUGUACCAGGACCUGGAGAUAGGACCGCUGAAGCCCACCCGAGUGGUGAUCCAACUGGCAGAUCGAUCAAAUGUCUACCUAGAGGGAAUACUAGAAGACGUUUUGGUCAAAGUAGAGGAACUCAUCUUUCCAGAGGACUUUUACAUUCUCGACAUGGGGAAGUCAAAAGCACGAGAUCCGGUCAUGCUUCUGGGCAGACCAUUUCUAAAGACUGCCAGGACUCGCAUUGAUUGUGAUACGGGCAAGCAAACAUGUUAG